GUCGGAUCGGUGCGCAGACGCAGAGCUUAGGCGAGUUGAGCUAACGCUAACUGUGAUGUUAUUCUGGCUCUAAGCUAAUUUUGUCGGAGGUAAAUUAACUUAAGAUUGUUUCAGUGAAAUUUCCUAGACUGUAGUUAUUGUUGUUGGAAAUAAAUCCACGGAAUCUAACCCGACUGAUCAAAGUUUGUGACUUCUUUGCUAGCAUAACUUUGCUAACAUCAAUGUUAGCAAUAAGCCCGUUCGUGUAAUGCUAGUCACUAGAAUGGACCUGUUGAACUCUCAGUUCCUGGACAAGAUGAACAAUAACAUCGGGAGAUUGCACUAUGAAGAUGAGUCCAGGACAGCCUCCCUGCCCACUGCUGUGUCCAAUGUAACUGGGCCUCCAUCGCACUGUCCAAGCAAACGGAAAUAUGGAGAAGAACAAAUGGAAGAGCGAAUCAGCUCCGAUGAGGACCACAUGACCAAAAUGAGCAGGCUGUUUGCCACUCAAUUGGGCCGGCCCUCUGUUGGAGAAAACCAUAAUGAACACUGGAGCUUCAAUCACAUUCCUGUCGAUCACAUCACUUCUUCCACUAAUGGUCUCCAUGGAAACCACCUGUAUGCUUCCAUCUCAGGCUACGCUGUAGAUCAGCCUCUGGCCCUGACUAAAAGCAGUCUCGAUGUCGGAGGCCGAGAGAGGUCUGUCAUGGAACGUCAGCAGAAUCGUCCUUCUGUAAUUACGUGUGCCCCAGCGAGCAAUCGCAAUUGUAACCUUUCACACUGCCACAUGAAUGGGUGCUCCCCGACCCCACUGGCAGAUCAGAGGAAGGCCAACGCUAACACAGUUUGUGACCCUGUUAUUGAGGAGCACUUCCGUCGCAGCCUGGGCAAAAACUACAAAAAGUCAGAGCCAGAGUCCAACUCUGUGUCCAUCACAGGUUCAGUGGACGACCACUUUGCUAAAGCACUGGGAGACGCUUGGCUCCAGAUCAAGGCGAAGGGCGGCGGUCACCGAACCCCAGAGGCAGAUCCAUAAAGCAGAUCAACCUUGCAAUCACUUUUAGUGAUUUCAUAUGAGAGUGGAGAUUGCACACUGUCAUUUCUUGCCAAGCAUCAAUUUCCUUAACCCAAGAACAAUCGAAGACAUAUGGUGCUCACACAGGCUGUUCACUCGUGAGCCUCAAGGUUCACAACCUGUCAGAUUUGUAUGUAAAAAUUGACAAAGUCUGUUCAUUCAAAAAGAGAAGAGAAAGGAAAAGAAUCGUGGCAGUGUUGACUAUGUUGGUUGUGAAAACUGUACAAUCAUAGAUUUUAUUUUGCUUUGAUAAUGAGAUUGACAGAGUGAUCAGUUACUGGGAGCUCAGGCUCUGUUUUACAUGCCUUUCACAUGCCUCAAUAGCCAAAGAAAUUCCCUGCCUUUUGCAACAUACAAGCCAUAGAUCUAGUCUUUGCUCAGCGCUACCAUUCAUGGUUUUCAUUUUAAAGUUACACUGCUUUGGAAUCUCUAUUACUUGAAAAGGACAGCCAGGUCUGAUCUGCACUAUUACAUUUUUGACCAUUGUAGAUAGCAGGUUACCUGUUUCAUUUGGAGGAUGUGUGUUAAAGAGCGUCUUGUGUUUUGAAUUUGUGAUACUGCAAUCCAGGCCCUGGUCCCCUGUUUUCGGAAAACACUCAUUUCUAAUCAUUCUGAACUGGACUUAACCCACUAUUAACUUAAUUUCACCCACUCCCAACAUCAAGGCUGAUCGCGUAGUAGACUAAUAUCAACACUAGUAGAUAUCUCUCUCUAACUAGAAAGCAUGUUUCAAAUAGCUGGUUUCUAUUACAAACCUUAUUCUAUACGAUCUAUUUACUCAGAAUUUAUUUUUUAUCUGUAACAUUUUAGAAAUACUCACUGCUGGUACAGUUGUACUCAAUAUAUUUUUUGUAUCUGGUUUUCAUUACUAUACGUAGGUGUUUAUCUUAGCAUCCAUCUACAAACACAGCCUCUGGCCAGGUUGUCUGAAUGCAGCGACGUGGGCUGCGUUGCUUUGUUACUCUGUGGAGCUGUCGAUGCCAGGGCUUAAUACGUGACUGAAUACAGCUCAAUAUUAACCUCUGUAGCAGUCUAUUAGCUUUAUUUAUUCUUAACAGUAAGUAGUUUCACAUUGACUCUGCAAAACAUAGCGACAGAAGAAAUCCUUGUUUCUUCUGAGAACAGCCGAGGGAAUAUCCAUUGUGUGAACUGUAAAAGCAGUCGCAUCCUUCUGAAUUAAAACGAAACGAUAAGGAAUUUUUUUUUUUAACAAAUUCACCAGAAAAUGACAUUCCAAAUCGACUGCCUGACAGUUUUCAGCCACCUCCAUUUUUGUUAUGCAAAAUCUGUUACACUUUUUUUCAUGACUUCUUUAAUCAUGGUGAUCUUAAUCUGCAAAAAUCUUCCUUAAGUGAGUUAUUUUAAAUUAAUUUCUACUUAUAGUAGUAUUACCUGUUGGUCAACACUGAUUGAGAGAUGGUAACUCCAGAUUGUUUUUUGUCUGUGAACCUACAUUUGUAUUUGUAUUCUAAGUUGUUAUUCACUAUCUUGUGCUUAUAUUUUAUUUUACUCAUUUCAGACUAUCAUUGCGCCGCGCGGAAUGAUCAUAGAUAUUUUUUUUUCUGUUAAGAAUAGUGUACUCAUGUAUCAUGGAUGUUCAUUAUCUUCUAACCAUGCUUUUUAUCUUUCUAAAAGUUGAUUAUUUUCCCACAGUUGUAAGUUGAUUUAUUAAGUGCAGGAACACAACAGUCUUUUGGUGAAAGACUUUCUCGGUGCAGUGUCAGAUAGACGUCUGUACUAACCGUUUAAAGAGUUUUUAGGUUUCUGUGUGUACCAUAGCGGACUUUAGGGAUUAUCACGGGAUCUGCUUGUUUGAUACAAGUAGAUUUUCAGUAAUAUGUUUGGGGUGUUAGACCAUCGUUAUUUAAUUACUAUAUUUAGACUACCUGGAUCUCAAAGACUGCAGAAAGUUCCACGUCAUAUAGAAAAGGAGAAACAUUUGUUCACUUUUGUUAUUUCUCUGGAAGAAAAUGCCACUGUUUUGUACUUAAUUUCUUCCAAAUAAACAAAAUGAAUGCAU